UGCCAGUAACGAUAACAACCACAACAACAACCAACAACAACUGCGCUUCUACCGCUGUAUGCGCUUUACAUCCAGGAGCUAGCUAGCUACCCUUCUCCAGCAACAUCUUCGCACAAACACACACUUACACGACUAUCAUCACAAAUGGCUUCCACUGUGACACCCGAGGUUCGCUGGGCCCAGCGCUCUUCUGCUACCGACCCCGAGAGCAACUUCAUCUACCUCACCAUUAGCGUUCCCGACGUCCCUACUUCCAACCUCAAGCUCGACCUUAAGCCCACUGGUCUCGUCUUCACCGGCCACUCCGACACCCUCAAGAAGACCUACCAUGUCGAGCUCGAGUUCUACGCCGAGAUUGACCCUGCUGCGAGCCAGGUCCACCACACGGCCCGUGAUGUCGAGAUGAAGCUCCGCAAGAAGGAGCUUGAUGCUCAUUACUGGCCCCGUCUCCUCAAGGAGCCCAAGAAGGUUCACUUCCUCAAGACCGACUUCGACAAGUGGGUUGAUGAGGACGAGCAGCACGAGGCCGCUGAGGAUGACUUCAGCAACUUUGGCGGUAUGGAAGGAAUGCCUGGUAUGGGUGGUAUGGGUGGUAUGGGUGGCAUGGGUGGUAUGGGUGGUGACUUCGGUGGUAUCGACUUCUCCAAGCUGGGCGGUGCUGGUUUGCCCGGCGGCGACGAUGAGGAAGACUCCGACGAUGACAUGCCUCCUCUCGAGGGCGAGGGCGAGGCUGAUAAGGCCGAGGAGGCAAAGGAUGUCAAGGAGACUGUCGACACGUCAAAGGAGGCUGCGUAAAUACUCAUAAAAGUAAUAGGCAUACCCAAGAUCCAUGGCAAUGGGCUUUAAUGUUUAGAACUGGGCAUUGGGAAUAACGACAGGAUUUACUUACACAUACCCUCCCAU